GCGUGGAACUAUUUGCCUCAGACCCGCGUUGAGGACCCACAGUGAGGACCGGCUGCUUCUCUGAGACUCUGCUCCGGCGGGCCUCGUCUCAGGCCCAGGCACUGAAAUUAAAUACAGCUAGGGCCUACAGGCAGCAUGUUCUACACCCACGUGCUUAUGAAUAAGCGAGGGCCAUUGGCCAAAAUAUGGCUUGCAGCUCACUGGGAGAGAAAACUCACAAAGGCCCAAGUAUUUGAAUGUAACCUGGAGAUAACCAUUGAAAAAAUUAUUUCACCUAAGGUGAAAAUUGCACUUCGAACUUCAGGACAUCUUCUUUUGGGAGUUGUUCGGAUCUAUAAUAGGAAGGCCAAGUAUCUUUUGGCAGAUUGCAGUGAAGCAUUUCUUAAAAUGAAGAUGACAUUUCGCCCAGGACUUGUUGAUCUUCCAAAAGAGAAUUUUGAAGCAGCUUACAAUACUAUCACAUUGCCAGAAGAAUUUCAUGACUUUGAUACCUAUAAUAUGAAUACUAUUGAUGUUUCAGAACAAUUUACUCAGAACCAGAGUAAACCAGAAGAAAUUACACUUAGGGAAGAUUAUGACAAUAGUCUACUUUUCCAAGCUGAGAGCUUUGGGGACGAACCUGAAAUUCUCAGAAGACAUAGCCUCUUUGAUGACAACAUGUUACUGAAUUGCAGUGGUCCUGUAGCUGAACAUAGUUCAGGAAGUCUCAUCGGAGAAAAAUCUCUGUUCUAUGACAGUAGAGACGCAUUUGGAGAUGAAGGAGAUGCAGGAGAGAUGAUUGACAAUCUGUUGCAAGAUGAUGACAAUAUCCUGUUAGAAGACAGGCAUUUGAGCAGAGAAAUUACCCUGCCUCCAGAGCCUCCUGAUAUUGUAAUGGAUGAUCCAGAGCAUGUACACCUACCUGAAAAUGAAAAAAAGAAUGAAUCAACAUUGUUAUCAAGUGAAGAAGAAAGAUUUAUCCUUGACCCAAUUGAUUUUUCAGACAUUGCUGAGAAAAGAAAAGGUAAAAAGAGGAGACUGCUAAUAGAUCCUGUCAAGGAGAUCAGCAGCAAAAAUAUGCAUAAACAACUUACUUCCUUUGUGGACACACUCAUGGUUUUGGAACUUGCACCUCCUACCCAAAGAUUAAUGAUGUGGAAGAAGAAGGGAAGAGUGGACACACUUCUGUCAACUGCCGCCCAGGAUUUAAUUCACGCUGAACUGAAAAUGUUGUUCACAAAGUGCUUUCUGUCCUCUGGCUCUAAACUUGGAAGAAAACUGAUGCAGAAAGUAUCAGUAAGGGAGGAAGUGGAAAACCCAGACAUAGUAGAAACCUCCAGGAUGGAAGACCCAGAUUCCCAACUAGAGUUAAUUCAGUUCCGAACUGGAAAGCAUGUGAUUAAUGGAUCUAAGAGUAGCUUUCAUGAACAUAUCAGUAAAAAUAUGAGCUCUGAGGAUGUUGUUGAAAUGAUUUCAUCAACUGCUGAGGAAUCAUCUUUGAUGAAUGGUUUCAUGGCAGAGGAAAUUGAAAAUUGUUCAGCUGAAUUGGACUCAUCGGGGAAUGAACAAAGUAUUGACAUAGAGAGAUGGAAUCGAAGAAUGCUUCAGAUGUUAAAUACUUUACGGGAAUACAGCAAGAUGGGAAUGGAAUCCUUUAGUCUGAUGAAACUCUGCAGAAAUUGUAACCGAAAACAAGCAGCUGCCAAAUUUUAUGGCUUUCUUGUCCUAAAAAAACAGCAGGCUAUUGAACUGAGCCAGAGUGCUCCUUAUGCAGAUAUUACAGCUACUGUGGGACCAAUGUUCCAUAAGCUAUGAAGGAACUUCUAAAUAUGCAGAAUUGUGUCAUUUCUGGAAUCUCAGUGUUGACUGGAUUCAAUGCAGCCAUCUGGAAGCCAACGAACGUCUGAGUGCCUUCACAGACAGGCUGACUUCCUGUGGCUUCCUUGAAGAGUCAGCAUCAUCACUGCUGCGACCAAAAACCUGUAUGUUUAAAAAAAAUAACUACACAUUCUUAAACUUUAGAAGUCAUCAUUUCCCUAACUUGGAUGUUGCACUUAGGAUACAUAUUUUAAAAACUAUGCAUCCCUCUCUCCCCAACCCCCCCAAAAAAAAACCA